AUGACUGGUGACGGUGCGAUGUCUGCUAUACGUGGUGGUGUUAAUGAUAAUAAUAUGGAAGGACAAGCUACAAAAACAAGUGCUGAUGGAGGAUCUGCUAAAGGAUGCUCGAUCGUCUGGGUUGUUCGUGCUGAUGUCACAAUUGCUGACAGUAUAGGUGGCGAUGCAGAAUGCAAUGAUGUCGGUGUAGCUAGAGGAGUGCAAAACAAAAUAUCUACAGUUGUAGGAAAAGGUGUCACUACAACGAUAGGAGUCAGUAUUGCUGAGAUGACUGGUGACGGUGCGAUGUCUGCUAUACGUGGUGGUGUUAAUGAUAAUAAUAUGGAAGGACAAGCUACAAAAACAAGUGCUGAUGGAGGUGUCGACGUCG